UGCUUUUACAUCCAAUAUGUCUGCCGUCGUCAACGUUGUUGAACACAAACAAGACCCGUGGAAAAUGGCAGACGUCGGAGUUGACGAGUUAUCGCAGCUGGAAUAUUUGUCCUUGGUGUCGAAGGUCUGCACGGAGCUCGACAACCAUCUGGGAAUUAAUGACAAGGAUUUAGCCGAGUUUGUCAUCAGUCUUGCUGAAAAACAGCCGAGCUUCGAUGGAUUCAAAGCGCUUUUACUCGACAAUGGAGCAGAAUUCACUGAUUCUCUCAUCGGCAACUUGCUCAGACUCAUCCAGACGAUGCGACCUCCUUCUAAGGCAUCGACAAGUAAAGCCUCUGAUGUUUCAGUCAAGCCAAAAAGUGAGAAAGACAAGUUGAAGGAGCUGUUUCCUGCUCUGUGUAAACCCAACGAUCCAUCACCAAAGCGGGUGCUGGAUGAAGACGAUGUAAAAGUUGCUGCUGAUGCGAUGAAGGAACUAGAGAUGUUUAUGCCCAGUGUCAGCGGGGCAGACUCCAAAGUCAGCAAGAGCAAAUCAGAAAAAAGCAAGCAUCGCAGCCGAAGUAGAGAACGAGAGAGGCACAGGGACAGGGACCGGGACAGAGACAGAGACCGGGACAGGGACAGGGACCGGGGAGGAGACAGGAAGAGGCGGCACCAUUCCCGAUCGCGUUCCAGAUCCAGGUCUCGCUCCCGGGACCGUGACCGGCACAGAGACAGAGAUCGGGACAGAGAUCGUGGUAAAAGAAAGGACAAGUCUUCCCGCUGGUCUGAUCGUUCACCCAGCCCCAGGAAAGACCUGGAUAAAGACUCUGAUCGCUGGAAAGACAAACACGUGGACCGGCCUCCUCCCGAGGAGCCUUCUGUUGGCGACAUUUAUAACGGCAAAGUGACCAGCAUCAUGCAGUUUGGAUGCUUUGUUCAGCUGGAGGGACUAAGAAAACGAUGGGAGGGUUUGGUCCACAUUUCUGAGCUGCGCAGAGAGGGACGUGUUGCGAAUGUGGCGGACGUCGUCAGCAAGGGCCAACGAGUGAAAGUAAAGGUGCUGUCGUUCACCGGCUCCAAGACGAGCCUCAGUAUGAAGGAUGUGGACCAGGACACAGGAGAAGAUCUAAACCCCAACAGGAGAAGGAAUAUGGGCCCCGAAGGAGGCGAUGACGUCUCCAUGAGGAACCCCGACAGGCCUAGCAACCUGAACCUGGGCCACGCCCCCGAGCUGGAGCAGGACGACACGCUGGAGCGCAAGAGGCUCACCAAAAUCUCUGACCCGGAGAAGUGGGAGAUCAAACAGAUGAUUGCUGCAAAUGUGUUGUCCAAAGAAGAGUUCCCAGAUUUCGACGAUGAGACGGGAAUCCUCCCUAAGGUGGACGAUGAAGAGGAUGAGGACCUGGAAAUCGAGCUUGUUGAAGAGGAACCACCGUUUUUGAGGGGACACACCAAACAGAGCAUGGACAUGAGCCCCGUCAAGAUUGUCAAGAAUCCGGACGGCUCGCUAUCGCAGGCAGCCAUGAUGCAAAGCGCUCUGGCUAAGGAGAGGCGUGAGCUGAAGCAGGCGGCUCGAGAGGCAGAGAUGGACUCCAUCCCCAUGGGGCUGAACAAACACUGGGUCGACCCGCUGCCGGACGUGGACGGUAGGCAGAUCGCUGCUAACAUGAGGGGAAUCGGAAUGAUGCCCAAUGACAUUCCAGAAUGGAAGAAACAUGCUUUUGGAGGGAACAAGGCCUCGUACGGAAAGAAGACUCAGCUCUCCAUCUUGGAGCAGAGGGAGAGUCUGCCCAUCUAUAAACUAAAGGAGCAGCUCAUUCAGGCUGUUCACGACAACCAGAUCCUGAUCGUCAUUGGAGAGACGGGCUCUGGGAAGACCACCCAGAUCACUCAGUACCUGGCAGAGGCAGGUUACACCACGCGGGGGAAGAUCGGUUGUACGCAGCCGCGACGUGUCGCCGCCAUGUCAGUGGCCAAGCGAGUCUCUGAGGAGUAUGGUUGCUGUCUGGGACAGGAGGUGGGUUACACCAUCCGAUUCGAGGACUGCACAAGCCCUGAGACGGUGAUCAAGUACAUGACAGACGGUAUGCUGCUGAGGGAGUGUUUGAUCGACUCCGAGUUGGGCCAGUACGCCAUAAUCAUGCUGGACGAAGCUCACGAGAGAACCAUCCACACUGAUGUUCUGUUCGGUCUCCUCAAGAAGACGGUACAGAAGCGCACAGACAUGAAGUUGAUCGUAACCUCAGCCACGCUGGACGCCGUGAAGUUCUCCCAGUAUUUCUACGAAGCCCCCAUCUUCACCAUCCCGGGCAGAACGUAUCCAGUGGAGGUUCUUUACACCAAAGAACCUGAGACUGACUACUUGGACGCCAGCCUCAUCACCGUCAUGCAGAUUCAUCUGACCGAGCCUCCAGGUGACAUCCUGGUCUUUUUAACUGGGCAGGAAGAGAUCGACACCGCCUGUGAGAUUCUCUACGAGAGGAUGAAGUCCCUUGGACCCGAUGUCCCUGAACUCAUCAUUCUCCCUGUGUAUUCUGCUCUGCCCAGCGAGAUGCAGACCAGAAUCUUUGACCCUGCUCCCCCAGGAAGCAGAAAGGUUGUCAUUGCCACCAACAUCGCGGAGACCUCUCUGACCAUCGACGGGAUCUACUAUGUGGUGGACCCGGGCUUCGUCAAGCAAAAGGUCUACAACUCCAAGACUGGCAUUGAUCAGCUGGUGGUGACUCCCAUCUCACAGGCCCAGGCCAAGCAGAGGGCGGGGCGCGCCGGCAGGACGGGUCCUGGGAAAUGUUACAGGCUUUACACGGAGAGAGCGUACAGGGACGAGAUGCUGACCACCAACGUUCCUGAGAUACAGAGGACUAACUUGGCCAGCACUGUGCUGUCUCUAAAGGCCAUGGGCAUCAACGACCUCCUCUCCUUUGACUUCAUGGAUGCUCCUCCCAUGGAGACUCUGAUCACAGCCAUGGAGCAGCUUUACACUCUGGGAGCUCUGGAUGAUGAGGGCUUGCUCACACGCCUGGGUAGAAGGAUGGCGGAGUUUCCUCUGGAGCCCAUGUUGUGUAAGAUGCUGAUCAUGUCCGUCCACCUGGGCUGCAGUGAAGAGAUGCUGACCAUUGUUUCGAUGUUGUCUGUUCAGAACGUUUUCUACAGACCCAAGGACAAGCAGGCCCUGGCUGACCAGAAAAAGGCAAAGUUCCACCAGCCUGAGGGCGACCACCUCACUCUGCUGGCCGUUUACAACUCCUGGAAGAACAACAAGUUCUCCAACCCCUGGUGCUACGAGAACUUCAUCCAGGCUCGCUCCCUGCGCCGAGCCCAGGAUAUCCGCAAACAGAUGCUGGGGAUUAUGGACAGACAUAAACUGGAUGUGGUGUCUUGCGGCAAAGCCACGGUGCGGGUCCAGAAGGCUAUCUGCAGCGGUUUCUUCAGGAAUGCUGCUAAGAAGGAUCCCCAGGAGGGCUACAGGACCCUCAUAGACCAGCAAGUUGUUUACAUCCAUCCCUCAAGUGCCCUGUUCAACAGACAGCCUGAAUGGGUUGUGUACCAUGAGCUGGUGCUGACCACCAAGGAGUACAUGAGGGAGGUGACCACCAUCGAUCCGCGCUGGCUUGUAGAAUUCGCGCCCGCCUUCUUCAAAGUCUCCGAUCCCACUCGCCUCAGCAAGCAGAAGAAGCAGCAGCGCCUCGAGCCGCUGUACAAUCGAUACGAGGAGCCGAACGCCUGGAGAAUCUCGCGCGCCUUCAGACGUCGCUAAUCCGCAGUAUGGAUUUCAUUCCAGAACUGUGGUGCUGCGCCAGGAUUGGACAAGCACUGAUGGGUUUAGGGUUCCCCAUCACAAGUCAGCUUUCAGUUGUGGUUUGUAUUUUAUUUUGUUAUUAUUAUUUUUUUUUUUGCCUGUAAAAACUGUAAAUUUUCUUUCUUUGUCUCAAAAAUUUUCAAUGAUUUAAAUUUAGUCAGAAAUGUUCAUGUCAUAUCAGCAAAUGUCAGGUUUUUUACUUAUUAAAGAAACAAAACAGCAAUUAGAAAACAUUUUUGUCUUGCAAACAGUUCAAGUCUUUAAUAAGGACAUAUUCCAAAAUGACGACCUAUUUAUUUUUACUCUGUAAACUGUUGAGUCCAAAGAAUGUCCUGAUGCAAAUCGAGUUUGACAUUUUGUCUUCAAUGUGAUUAGCUCUUAUUUUUCAAAACAAGAGGAUGGUCAAAUGUGUGAUAUGUUGUAUAAUAACUGGGAAAUAUCUUCAUCAGUGUAUGGAUGACUGUAAAACAAAUGACUUCCUCCCCAGCCCCACUAUAUGGAGAAAAUUUAAAAAGCCUAUCUGAUUUUGUCAUUAAGUAAAAAAAAAAAGUGGAAUUUCAGUAGGAAAUAGGUGUAACAAAAUAUGAAUAUUUGGGUUUUCUAGUUUGUCAAAAUAUCUCAAAUGAUUAUCAUACUUGUUUCUCUGCAACAUAUUUUAUCUUUUUAAUUGGUACUUUUGAAACUAAUUGGAUCAGUGGAGACAUGUUCUGCAUUUUUAUUAAAAUGAAGAAAACCAUUUUAAUUCCUUG